UCUCACUCUAUACUUGUCUCGAUACCGUGUUUCAUUUAACACAGCUUUUGGGCCUUAUUCUUAUUUUCUAAGAAGUUGUGUUCUUCAAUAUCAAGAGAUUCAUCAAUUUUUUUCUUUUUGACGAUACCCCUGAAAAUAGAACCAAUUUUAACUUCAACUAAAACUGAUCCUAGCCUCUUGCACGUCUGCUCGGGAUUGCUCCUUCUCAGUUUAAUCCAAGGUCAAAUCAACAUCCAUAGCAGUUGCCAUUUACAAUAGCUCUUGUGACUCCGGCAGUUUCUUAGUUUUAUUACCGAUAGAAGGUUCUUUCCUAAUAUCUGCCGGAAAUCUAUCCACCUUGUUAAUCCACACCGUCCGCCUUCUUCCUCCUUCCCGGAGCUGCAUCGACGACUUGCCGGCGAGACCAUAUAUCGCCGGUUCUCAUUUGCAAAUUUCUUUCUCUUCCUUCAUCACUUUUGCUAGAAAUGUCUAGGCAACGUCUGAACUUUGUCCAAAGGUUCGUCCCUGAUAUCAACCGGCUCUUUGCUUUCUCAAACGGCAUGAUGCCGUCCCACCACGUCUCUAAUGGCUCUGUGGAUCCUCACUCUCUUAACUACGAGGGUAACAACCUCAAUGAGCUCACGCGCCGUCAGAUGAUCGAAGAUAUUGAUGCCUACCGCUAUGACCUGGAUUUCUGUCGCAACCAGCUUACAACGCCUGAUCUCACAGCGCAAGAGACCAGAACUCUCCAGAUCCGUGUUUUGGAUUGCGGCCACAACAUCCGUCACUGCCAGCACCGGAUCCAGCUGAUGGAAGCACAGGAGGCGCGUAGAGCUGCUGCCUCCGUCGCGGCGGCAGCGUCCACGGUUAACAACCACCGCCAGCACCGCGUCUCCGCCACCCCCAGCGCUAGCGUGAAGCGCAAGCUUGCCACGGUAGACAGCGAGGGCGAGGACGAGGACAACAAGGAGAUUGACACUAGUCUGGACGGCCCAGGCACGAACAAUGUCCAGCGCCUCGGAUUCUGGAAGUGUCGGUUGUGUGUUUCGAGAAAGUUCCUUGAUGCAGGUACCAACCGCGUGCCUAGUGCGCCGUGCAAGUGGCCCUUGAAGGACGUCUCGAAGAUCCUCAACCACUACCUUGACAUGCACACCGAACACACGGUCGAGGAACGUUGCGCGGAGCUUGGUGCUGCGCUCGCGCAUAACCGAGGACCUUUCGAGUAUUGGUUGACCCGCACCCGAGGACAGGACUUGUCGGAGGAUAACACCAUCAUCGAUGCCUACAUCGAUAUCCUUCAGUCUGGAAGCUUACCGGCACCUUUACGUGGCCUCAGUCGAGCAGCUGCCAAGUUUCCACCCACGGCUAUCGGAGUGGAGCGAUGAUCGGAUCGUAGACGGGAUCCGCUAUUAAUAUCUCACAAAUCACAAUACUACCAGAGAUGAGAUAGAAAGCUCAGGGUAAUGAAACAUAAGGCUUGGAGAGAUGGGUCAUGGGUAGAGGCUUAUCUAUGAACAUUGAAUUCGGCGGGGCAGGCAUCGUGGAUUUCAUCUUCGAAACGGAUGCAUUCUAUUAUAGCAUGGCGCUAGGAGUUAUCUCUGGAUGCGGCUUUAAAUCUGCGGGCUCCAUAGGCAAAAAGCUUCGAAGGGAUAUCUGGCUCUUUCUAAGGGAGACUGCAAUCUCGUCGCUAGAGUACGUCGUUGCGUAUGUAUUCAACGAAUUUUCAUCGGAUAAAUUUAGUGCUCCAAUACAUUAAAUAUCCUAAA